CACAGUCCACACGCGUACUUCCGCCUUCGCACGUGUGGAACAAACAAUACAAAUCUACGGCAUUUAAAAUAUUUCUCGUAGUUUUUUUGACCAGAUAUGAAGACAUUCAAACCUCGUAACCAAGUGCGUGGCUAACGUGGACGAACGUGCUUGCAACUUCUUAAGGAGAUCAAUUAAGGCGUCUAGACUCAUCUGGUCCGCUACUUUUUCCCAUGAGCGUUGAGGCAGACUGCACACAUAAGAAGAGGGCGCGGUCGGAAGUUGCCACGCUGGACCACAUCGACACACCGACAGUGAAGAAGAAGAAGAAGAAGAAAAAGAAAGGAGAAAAAGAAAAAGACAGCCUGGUUGUUGCUGAUGUGUACAAUGACAAGAAGAAGAAGAAACGAGAGAAAGAGGAAGAAAAAGGUAGCUUAGUGAGUGUUUACAAGAAGAAGAAGAAGAAGGAAGAGACAGCGCCACCGGUCACCAUGGCAACCAUACAGGUAGAAGCAAAGAAGAUGGAGAAAAAGAAGAAGAGGAAGCGUGUGCUUGACGUCGCCACGACAACAGCAGGCCAGACAGUUGCCGUGGACAUUGUCGACACGCAGACGCAGGAGGACAACGUUGUCAUGGCAACGGCCAACAGCAGAGAAGGCAACAUCUGUGUGGAAAGGGCGACGAAGAGCAAAAAGAAGAGGCGCAGAGAAGAAGUGUGUGAGAGCAAUACAGACGACGACGAUGACGACCGGCCCAACGAUGACUUGCUGACGGAAUUAGAGGAGUUUAUUCCAAAUGUGAGGAAACGCACCGAGCAGGAGAUCAGCAAGAUGCUGAAACACGACCUGCACCGCUUCCGAGUCUUCAGGAAACAAGGUGUGGCUGUACGCCAGGGCCGCUUCACGCGUCAUGAGGUUCAACAAAUCCAAGACAACAUCGAAGACUUCCUGGCCUUGACGGGCAUCGAAUCCGCCAAUCACCUUUUCUUCCCUCAGAACUACGGCGACCUGAAGAUGGGUAUCAGAAGGUUGCGAGUGAACCAUAACUUCCUGGAGGCCAUAGCAAAUGGAAUCCCGAGGACGUGUUAUGAUGUUUUUGUGAAGGCUAAAAAGCUUGACAAGAUGAACCACAUGGGAAGGUUCUCCAAGGAGGAACUUGAUCAGCUGGUCAGGUUGCAGAAGUUACAUGGUAACAAUUGGAGAAAGAUCUCCAAGCUGAUGGACCGCAGCAUUUACGCUUUACAGAAGCGCUAUGUAACCAUGUCGUCCAAUACAGGUCCCUGGACUUCCGACGAAGUGUCCAGGUUGAAAAAGGCUGUCAAAGCUCACCUUGCGGUUGUGGCCCAGAAGAAUCCAGGGGGUUCUGGUCUGACUCGAGAACAGCUGUGUAAUAAAUUGCCAUGGAGCAAGAUCAGCCUGGAGGUCCAGACCAGAGACUGGCUCAAGUGCAGCAGGAAAUGGUUCAGCAUCCUGAACAACAGACUCUCAAAAAGCUACUUUGGUGGAGGAACUGAAGGACUGAAGGCCAAAAUCCACCUGAUUGAUACGUUGUACAACAUGGAGGUGGACGACUGUGCCGACGUGGACUGGGACAAGGUGGCGGAGGUUGUGGGCAUGACUCCACGUGGAGUCCAGGAAAUCUUCCAAAGGCUGAAAGUUUCCAGAGUUCCCAACUGGUUCCGCCGGUCCUACGGAGAAAUCAUCGACUUCCUGCAGCAGCACGAGAGGCCACGCCUCCAGGAGACGCUGCAGAAGCUGGGGGCGGAGCAGGAAGUGCACGGACACGACUUUGACCCGCUGCUCGCCGCCUUCUCGCUGGAAGAGGAAGACUUUACUCAAGUGGACAACAGUCAGCGCCAUCGCAACCAAUCACAGCCCUUCGAGUAUUGAACAGGAAGUGGUGUCAUAAUGAGGCUUUUAUUGUGACGAGCCAUCAACUUCCCUCAUAUCCUUCGACAGUAGACGUCAGCAGUUGCAUGAGGAACCUGGCCUCCAACUGACAGUGUAAUGGCUGCCAUCUGGUGAGUCAUUCACGUUAAUGACCAUGAAUUGUUCACUCUUUAGCUGCUUGAUCAUUCUCAUUGAUUCAAAAGACUUUAGGAUGGUCGUCAAAGACGUAAACAAGGUCAGAGUCCAACUUUCACAUACCGUAUUUUCCGCACCAUAAGGCGCCCUGGGUUAUAAGCCGCGCCUUCAAUGAACGGCAUAUUUCAAAACUUUGUCCACCUAUAAGCCGCCCCGUGUUGUAAGCCGCAUCUAACUGCGCUAAAGGAAUGUCAAAAAAACAGUCAGAUAGGUCAGUCAAACUUUAAUAAUAUAUUAAAAACCAGCGUGAUGUGGGCGCGCAUGGAGUCGUAUAUCAACAUGGACGG